CUGUAAGGGCGUGACAGUGACACUACACUAUCUGUUCACAUCAGCUCUUGCAUGGACCAUGAUCGAGGGCGUGUUCCUGUACCGUACGACUGCCGUGGGCUUCAAGGCACUUAGGAUUGGGUGGCUGAGUCUUAUUGCUUACGGAGGCUCCCUUGUGGUUGUCGGGGUGUCUUUUGGUGUUCUCUUCGACACGUAUGGAACAUCUGCAUACUGCUGGUUACACGUUGAAGACAACAGUAUCUACAUAUUUGCAGGAUGUGUCUACGCAACAGAACUGUUCAGUUUUACGGUGUUGUGGUUCGUCAUGAAAGCAUUCAGUUCCCUGAAGGCAAACAAGAAGAAAGAUGAAAUCGACAAGAUCAAGGCAACGGCUCGUGCCUUAUGCAUUCUUCUACCAAUCCUUGGUUUAACCUGGAUCGCUGGAACCAUCACCAGUUUCACCCAAUCUGAUGCUGUCAUCUGCUUUCAGUACAUCUUCAUCAUCUGUUUCUCCCUCCAGGGUGUCUCCAUCUUGGUGUUUCACUGCUUGUUAGUUCCGGCUGUGAAAACAGCGCUUAAGCUUCGGCUUGGUCGUCGUGUUGCAGAUAGCACUUGGGCAAGUAGGAGGAGUUCCAAGCCAACCGCCACAUCAACCUUUUAAAGAAAAGCUGGGAUAGGUGAAGAUUAAUUUGUGAGCUUUUCUAUCUUUUCAUGUUAGUGUGGAAGAGUAUCGAUGAAAAAGAUGUCAACUGUAAAUGAUGGCUUUUCAAAUGGCUUCACUUUUAAAAAAUAUGAUAUGUAACAGCUACAAGUUGUGGACCACGCUUUCAAUUAUGCAAGAAAACCCGUUUACCUUCUAUAUUUCACUGUCAGACACUAUGGAGUGACUGACUGACAUAU